GUGCUAUACCUUGGUCCAUUCUAAUUGGAUGAGUGUAAAAAUCACAAGUUUGCUCGCGGCGGUGGUUGUCGAAACCUUUUGACGUAAAUUAUUCGUGUAGUAAAUAUGGCUGACGAACUCAAUGUUGACAGUCUAAUUCACAGACUUUUAGAAGUUCGAGGAUGCAGGCCUGGGAAGACAGUUCAGAUGUCCGAGUCGGAGGUGCGUGGGCUGUGCACCAAGUCUCGGGAAAUAUUUCUGCAACAGCCAAUACUACUGGAAUUGGAGGCACCACUAAAAAUCUGUGGUGAUAUCCAUGGCCAGUACACAGAUUUACUACGCCUGUUCGAAUACGGGGGCUUCCCGCCCGAGGCCAACUAUCUCUUCCUCGGCGACUACGUGGACCGCGGCAAGCAGUCCCUGGAAACCAUAUGCCUCCUGCUCGCGUACAAGAUCAAAUAUCCAGAGAAUUUCUUCCUUUUGCGAGGCAACCAUGAGUGCGCUAGUAUAAACCGCAUUUACGGUUUCUACGACGAGUGCAAACGCCGGUACAACAUAAAGCUAUGGAAGACGUUCACCGACUGCUUCAACUGCCUGCCCAUCGCAGCCAUCAUCGACGAGAAGAUAUUCUGUUGUCACGGAGGCCUGUCGCCGGAUCUGCAGGGCAUGGAGCAGAUUAGGAGGAUAAUGAGACCUACUGAUGUGCCUGAUACGGGUCUGCUUUGCGAUUUGCUGUGGUCAGAUCCAGACAAGGACGUCCAAGGAUGGGGUGAAAAUGAUCGCGGUGUGUCAUUCACAUUUGGCCCUGAUGUUGUCAGCAAAUUUCUCAAUAGACAUGACUUGGAUCUCAUUUGUCGAGCCCAUCAGGUAGUAGAAGAUGGCUACGAAUUCUUUGCAAAAAGGCAACUUGUCACGCUAUUUUCCGCCCCCAAUUACUGUGGCGAGUUUGACAAUGCCGGUGGCAUGAUGUCUGUUGACGAGACGCUCAUGUGCUCGUUCCAGAUAUUGAAACCAUCUGAGAAAAAGGCGAAAUAUCAAUACAAUGGCAUCAACAGUGGCAGGCCCGCCACGCCACAGCGGUCGCCGCCCAAAAAGAAAUAACUGACGUUUGGGAUCCAGUGUGCUGCACAGUGAGACGAAUGCUACAAAAUAAUUGAUUAUAUCAUGUAUUAUAAUUAUUGUUUAGUGCGGUCACUGGACAGAGCCGAGUAUGUCAUGGAUUGUUAAAAUUAUUUAUCAAUUUGCUUGUGCCUUCUUAUUUUUAAUUUUUAUUAUUAAUGUGAGUGAUAUUAAUUUAUGAAUUUAGUUCUACAGAGAUUUCGUGGAUGAGCAAGCAUGAUCUAUUCGGCGAUGCCUCGUGACUUCUGCUUUUUCGAUCCCCAGUUUGACACACGUUUUAAGAUCGGAUUGCCCCUUAUUGUGUUUGACAUGUUGGUCUCCUAGUUAAAUUGUCUUGUUGAUUUUAAAAAGUUUGAAGUGGUAAGUCAUUCUAAAGAUGCGGGCAUUGGAAAAGAAAAUCGUAGUUACAUUUUCACAUGACAGUCAUGUUUAUUGAGUUGUAGUGGAUCGAAAGCACGUUCGCUUUGUUUAUUCUGUAACUAAUGUGCCUAUAAAUGUAAAGUAUAUUAUUAUAGGUCUCGUAUAUGUGACGAUAAUAGUUGUUUCGAAAAGAUAUUAUUUAAAUUUGUUUAUAUUUAAAAAAGGUCGUCCCUUAGAUAAUAUUAUAUUUCUGGUUUGACUUGUUAGAAAGCCAAUCGGGAAACGAAUGCUGGCUCAUUGCUAUCACUACGGCGGGAGGAGUAGUCCCAGUGAAAUUAAUGAUAUUUUGCACUCAGUAUUACUCUUAAAAAAUAAGUAGAUAAUGUAAAAUUUGUUUUGUUGUACAAAUUGGCAUUGAUCUCCUAAUUGAGGCUUUUCCCUUCACAGCGUACAGUAUGUCUAGAUAAACCAAUAUCAGUUGAGGUGAUAGAGCAGUGUAGUCCUCGCAACAAUAGUGCAAUUGCUAUAUUAUAACAUAAAAUUAUAUGCAAACUUUGCAUUGUACAAUUAUAUUUUUUAGCUAUGUUAACAAUAUCAAAUAAUUUUCAUGAAUAAAUAUUGCUAUUACAAAUAAUAAGUUUAUUUUGUUUUAUUUUCAGUUAGGUUUGCAUUUAAAAUAUAUUUUUCAUUUUGUAACAUAGUUGUUUGUUUAAUGAAUGGUGUAUGAAGUUUUUAUGUACUCUUCUUUCAAAGUAUAUUUUUCUAAAUCAUUAUCAUUCACGAAGCUUGUUUCUUUAUCAAUUAAUUGAAUAUUACUAUAAAAUUCAAGUAAGCUUAGUCCUCAUUUUGUGUAUUUUCUAAGUAGUUAGCGGAUAAACAUUCACUCCAAGAAUACACCUGUGUUAACUAAUCAGUGUGAUAUUAUAAAUUUAAAAUUUUAUUAUCAUACGUCGCACUACAGCGGGCAUUUUGCGGGCAAGUCAUUUGGUAAGGUUUACAAACAAACAACUUACGAGUACAUGUACUUAGUAUUUGUAACAGUUACCUGUUAUCAUGUAUUAAUCUUUAAUGUGUAAUACUCUUUGAAGUGACAACUGAUAAGCCCAUUUAAGUGGCCAUCUAAAAAACAAAUAAAUAGCUGACAUGCGUCACAUGCGUCAUUAUGACUGUCGUUCAUACUUGUAUUUGUUGGUGCAGUGGUGUCUAUUUAAUAGAAAGAUUUGCUUUAGUUGUUAAUUUGCACACCUACAUAUUGAAAUGGAUAGUCACGGAAAGGUCAUAUAUUCGAAAAAAUAUUAAUAAUAUAUUUGCAUAAGUAAUAAGUAAGUUGUUAAAUCAAAUAUACUACAUAUUAUUCAGUCUUAUUUUUAUUUAAAAUUGAAGGGAUAUAAACGAAUAUAGAUACCUAACUAACGUACAACCUUAGUUGCUAAGGUAUUUGGAAUAAUUUGGAUUUGCACAUUACAAAUACUAGGUACCAAAUACUUCAUUCUGAUAACUCGAAAAUUGAUAUGUGAACCUUACGAAGUGACACAUGAACAUAUGACGUAUGUUCUUAUCUAUUUUCAUCUACAUCUUAGUAAAAGUAUUACAUAGAUUCUGAAGUAAUUUAGUUAAAUAAAUACACUUAUUAUAAAAAUUCACUGUACUUUUUCUCAGGUGUGUACAAUUUUCUGAAAUAUAAAUUUUAUUCCAAUAAAA